AUGAUAUCCAAUAUUCAAAGUCAAUUAAAAAAUGAUGAUGUUGAUAUAAUUUAUUUCGAUGAUAAAAAAGAACAUGGCAUAGAAAAACUUAAAGUUGAUAUUGAUGAAAUUGUAGUUAAUUAUCUAAAGAAUUUUGAGAAUUGUUAUACAUUAAAUGAACUAAGACAGGCAUUGAAUAAGAAUAAUGUACAUGCAGAAACAAACACACCAUUUAAUCUAAAAUAUGCUUAUCAAUUCUUUAAUAAUAUGUACAAUCUUUAUUCAAAUGAUAUACUUAUUAGAGACUUAAGUGAAGAUGAACUUUCAAUAUAUGUUUGGAGCUCACUUAUCAACCAUGUUUUUAUUAAAAUAGGUUACAACAUAAAAUUUUCUAGUGGAGAACUUUCCUCACAAUCUUUUGAAAAUUUGAAAAAAUUAGCUCAGUUGUCAGGUCCUAAGCUUGAUUCAAAAGCUACCAUGAUGUCAGUUGAUGCAGAGAUUUUGUUACAUGAAUCUUCAAAAAAAGAUGUGCCUAAUAAAAGGAUAAAUGACUGUAAAAAGCUUGAAUACUGCAGUAAAGUUUUGUUAGCCAGUGCAUUCUUAGAGCUACCUACAAGUUCAAGGUCAGAUAUUCAUAAAUUUGAAACAUAUAUGAUUCAGACAAAUGGUCUUAAAUUAACAUUGUCAGUAGCACAUUACUUAUUUGAAGAUACAAUUUGUAUAUUUGAUCCAACAGAUAUAGUUAUCCCAAAGACAGUAGAAGCAUUCCCCAAGAGUCCAAGUGUUCAUAAUAAGCAAUUAGUUGAAGUCACUACAAAACAAAACUUUGUUAAAAUUCCAUCAAAAUCUCUAUCAACUACUACUACUAAAACCACCAAUAAAAAUUCAACAACAACAAUAGUUGUCGAUUCAAUUAAAAAUUCGGUUAUCAAAGAUAUUAAACAAGAUGAACAAGAAAUAGUCGAAGUUCCAAUCUCGGAACCAUUUAACUCAUUUUUAAAUCUUAACACUCACGACACCAUCACACCUUUAAAUAUCAACAUGUACACUUGUCCAAACUGUCAUACUCCAAAUUCAGUCAAUGCUGUUAAAGAUGAUAAUUAUUCAGCUAAUGGUGAUUUUUAUACUUGUUUAUCUCAUGGAAAUUAUGGUUGUGGAUGGGAAGGUGAACAUCUACCAAAUGAAGAAAAUAUAGCAAAGCAUGUAUUUUCAAUUAUUGGAUUUAAACCAUUAAUAAUUAAUUAA